GCUUCAUGAAACUUUGUACCGUACUACCCUUGCCAAAGAAAAAGAGAAAAAAGAAGAGAAAGAAAAAGAAAAAGAAAUGAAACAAUUUUCUCCACGUAUCACAGAUAUUGUCUCCCGGUGAGCAGUCUGUAUAUUUUUCUUUCUCAUCUGCUUCGUUCCUUUCUUCCUUGGAAUUGUUGAAAACGAAAGAAAGCGAAAGAAUAUCAAUGGUAUAAUGUUAUAAGAUGGACCGUGGAGGGCUCGCGCGACGAUCGAGAAUCGAUGACAACUAAUUAAAUGUCGUUACACAAGACACGAACGCAAGACUGUCUCGAGUAACGCCUGGUUAAGUUCUAAUUGUAAAUUGUUGAUUGCUUAUUAAUAUGAGGCAAUUAAGGGAAGGUAAUGAUCGUACCUUGAUGACUCUGGAAUGGAUAGUGCUGUCACAGGGAAUGUGCUCGAAACGUUCAGAUAGUGGUCUGCGAUUAACUGUGGCGGGUGCAUACUUGUUGAGUAAUAGAAUCGAUUGAACUGAUGAACGGAUCGUUGUUACGUGCGAGUUUUAAACAAACAGCGCUGCAGUUAUUUGUGCGAAUGAAAAUGGAGUAAAAUGAAAAAAGAAACCAAAGAUGACAAGUGAAACGUUAAACUAGCUUAAUCACGAUUGGAAGAAGUAAAUUUUAAAACGACGAUUUUAGUAAGAAGAUUCGGUGAUAAUAACAAAGGACUGAUGUACGGUGAAAAUUGAGCGAAAGUUUUUCAAACAGUUUACACGCGACGUGAAACUUUAAAGUGAAAAGUGAGGAAACAACGAAUGACAAAUCAAUUAGGAGACGACAUUCGUGUAAUUCGCGUAAGUUCAUCGUUGUAGCAAGGUGAGAAUGUUCCACAAAGGCGUGCCGCGAUGAAUAUGGACGUUCAAGUGAAUGGUUCGCUGGAGAGACUGCAAGAGUUCGAGGUGUGGAAUCUAACGAAUCCGAAGGAUUGCGACUAUUUCGCCGAAUCGCAAAGCGUCUUCUCAACGAAAUGGUUCCGCGGUAUUAUCUGCUUCCUGUAUAGCAUCAUUUUCGUGAUUGCGUUGACCGGAAACGGUCUGGUCUGCUACGUGGUACACAGCAGCCCUCGAAUGAAAACUGUCACAAACUUGUUCAUUGUGAAUCUCGCCGUCGGAGAUAUCCUGAUGGCACUUUUCUGCGUGCCAACUAGCUCCAUCAGCACUUUGAUACUACAGUAUUGGCCGUUCGGUCCAGAACUCUGUCCCACCGUUAUUUAUCUACAGGCGGUGUCAGUUUUGGUGAGCGCGUACACACUUGUUGCGAUUAGUAUAGAUCGCUAUAUAGCUAUUAUGUGGCCGCUGAAGCCAAGAUUGAGCAAACGGCAAGCUCAGCUGCUAAUUUUAGCUGUGUGGAUGCUUGCUAUGGUAAUAUCGCUGCCUAUCGCUGUUGUUUCAAAGCUGUUUCAACCAUCGAGGCAAUAUGAAAGAUGCAAUCAAUACAUUUGCGUGGAAGUUUGGCCAUCGAUGGAGAACAAGUAUUAUUACUCAAUAGCGUUAUUGGUACUCCAGUAUGUGAUACCAAUAACGGUUCUGAUGUUCACGUACACCAGCAUCGCGGUUAUGGUAUGGGGUAAGAGACCGCCAGGAGAAGCUGAGAACGUCAGAGACCAAAGAAUGGCACGAUCAAAGAGAAAGAUGAUUAAAAUGAUGGUGACGGUCGUAAUAGUAUUCACUAUCUGUUGGCUUCCAUUCAAUAUAUUAAACCUAAUAAUGGAUAAUAACGAGACUCUCGGAAGUUGGACAGGUCUUCCAUUCGUAUGGAUGGUUCUCCAUUGGCUAUCUAUGUCGCAUUCCUGUUAUAACCCAGUAAUUUAUUGCUGGAUGAACGCGAGAUUUCGUACUGGUUUCAUAAUUGCGAUCGUACGUUUGCCCGGAGUACAUCGAAUUCUUCAUAGAGAAAGGCAACGCGAUAACCACAAUGCUAGCACAAUGGGUAUUCCCUUAACAGGUAUCAAUGAUUCAAGCCAAUCUGUUCUACGACGUAUGAACACGUGCACAACCUACAUUAGUGUUCGUCGCAAAACAAAUGGAAACCACACUGCACCCGCAAGAAGUGCCAGCAUCCGGAAUGACUUCCGGCCAGCAGCUCAACCAUUGCAACGACAAUUCACUUAUCUCGAGUCUCAUUCAGAAGAACAGCUAUAAAAGGACUGUUUCAUUAAAUUAAAUUAAAUGUGAAACCGCGUUAAAUGAAGAAAGUAGAAAGUACAGCAUAAGGAAACUUUAACGUUGCGAAUAUUGAGUGAGGAGAAAAAUAUAAAGGAGCCUUGAAAUAAUUCCAACCAAAAGAACUGAACGAGUCUUACGAAAGAAUUUCGGGCUAAAGAUACAACGAUAUAUUGCGGAAAGCUGAUGAAACGAGCCUAACAUUGAUCUACAGAUCUCAGAAGAGAGAAAAACUUUCAGUUUAACUAAAUUAAGUUAACUUAAUUUAAUUAAAUCUGAUCCGUGUUGAAUGAAAAAAAAAAAAGAAAACUAGAAAGUAUGUACAACAUAAAGAACCUUAAACAAUGCGAAUGUUGUGUAGAAAAGUAUAGAGGGAUAUCUUGAAAUAAUUUCAACGAAAGAAAUAAUUGUACGAGUCUUAUAAAAGAAUUUGUGACUAAAAAUACAAUGACACGUUACAGAAGGCCAUAAAAAUAAUCGUAACGUGGAUGUAAAGCUCUCAAAGGAGAAGAAAACUUUUAGUUAAGAUAUUGAUCACAAAUUUCAUUCUUUUUAUAAUUAAUCCCAUACUUUUUGAUACGAAACAUGUAAAAAGAAGCAAUAGAAAUAGAUGAAAAUCUUUUGCGUGGACGUAUUUCAAUAGUUUUCUUAUUACAAUUUCGUUCCUAUUUUCGAACAUUGUUUGUUUAACUGAAAGAAUAAAUUUUCAAAAACUCGAAUAAUGUAUGAAACGAAACCUUAAAACUAAAACAAUGCAAAUUCGCAUAUUUUGUCUAUUUCUUCGUGUAAAUAAAUAGCAAUACGACGCUGAUAAAAGUUCAGUGAUUUAGACUCAGAGUUGUGUCAUAUUGUACACAAAAACUGUUACAUAAGACGAGAUUUCUAAUAUACUGCAAAUAUAUAAAA